UUGCAGAAGACUUUUGCUGGUUACUGAGAAGUAAGGAAGGGUUCAGGUCAGUAUCUCUGGCAUAUAGUAUAAAUGCAAGAACAACCUUACAGUAUCCUGUAAUCCACGCCACUGUGUGACAGUGUAAUCCAUCAGUAAUUACAGCACAUUUGAAGGAGCUGCAAACGCAUGAGGAGAAGUAUUGUUUGUCUACAGCAUGAGGCGGAAAAAUGAAAGCUAAUGAAACAGGAUGGAGAAUUUACGCUCCUUCUACACAUUCUGUGGUUUUAUCUUGAAUGUUUUACCUAUCACCGAUAUCAGACGAACUUUUUCAGUCAACGCCUGCAGCAAUAUUGAGUUGGUGCGACAUGUCCACAGCAGUGCAGCUGAAUGAGAAGCUAAGUGCAGACGAGAUCAUCACUGGCACCAAGCAGGUCAUCCAGGGGUUGGAGGCACUGAAAAACGAAAACAACAGCAUCCUGCAGAACCUGCAGGAGACUCUGAAUGGAUUGAAGGAAGAUGAAGAAGUGCACCUGGUGCAAGAGAAGACCUACCUGAUCCAGAGGUCGCUGGAGAUGAUUGAGCUAGGACUGAGUGAAGCUCAGGUGGUGACAGCUCUGUCUAACCACCUCAGUAUGGUGGAGGCCGAGAAGCAGAAGCUGAGGGCACAGGUACGCCGCCUGUGCCAGGAGAACCAGUGGCUGCGGGAUGAGUUAGCCGGCACCCAGCAGAAGCUGCAGAAGAGCGAGCAGACAGUAGCGCAGCUGGAGGAGGAAAAGAAGCACCUGGAGUUCAUGAACCAAAUAAAGAAAUAUGAUGACGAGGAAGCAGCGGAAGACAAAGACAGUGCGUUGUCAAAGGGAUCACUGGAUGAUCUUUUUCCAAAUGAGGAUGACCAGAGUCAGUUGCACCAGUCACACAGCAGUGCGGCUGCAGCAGCGCAGCAAGGUGGAUACGAGAUCCCAGCACGACUGCGAACACUCCACAAUCUGGUCAUACAGUAUGCUUCACAGGGCCGUUAUGAAGUGGCUGUCCCACUUUGUAAGCAAGCCCUGGAAGACCUAGAGAAAACAUCAGGCCAUAACCACCCCGAUGUGGCCACUAUGCUAAAUAUCCUGGCCCUAGUAUACAGGGAUCAGAACAAAUACAAAGAAGCGGCCAAUCUUUUAAAUGAUGCCCUGACAAUCCGGGAGAAAACCCUCGGCCAAGAUCAUCCAGCAGUGGCUGCCACUCUGAAUAAUCUUGCUGUACUCUUUGGCAAAAGAGGAAAAUAUAAAGAGGCAGAACCGCUGUGUAAGAGAGCUCUGGAAAUCCGGGAAAAGGUGCUGGGCAAGGACCACCCCGACGUGGCGAAGCAACUGAAUAACCUGGCACUACUGUGCCAGAAUCAGGGCAAGUAUGAGGAGGUGGAGUACUACUACCAAAGAGCUUUGGAGAUCUACCAGACCAAACUAGGACCAGAAGACCCCAAUGUGGCCAAGACAAAGAACAAUUUGGCUUCCUGUUACUUGAAACAAGGCAAAUACAGACAAGCUGAGGCCCUGUACAAGGAGAUCCUGACCCGGGCUCAUGAACGGGAGUUUGGGUCUGUCGAUGGUGACCAUAGACGCGUGUGGGUAAACUCCGAGGAUAUGGAUGACACAAACAAGGGCAAAGUGCCCCCUGCAGCCAACCUCUGGGACCACAUUGAGCCUUCCAUCUGCCUCACCACCUCCAGUGAUAGAGCGGGACUUGCAGAUACCAAUGGAACUCUACAGCUGCAACGGGAAGAGACUGCCACCAUCAAAAAGACAGCAUAUCAUUUACCAAAGGCAGCUGACACCCUCCUCGACAUAGCCCCCUGUAAUCAACCCUACACUUGCAUCUACCUGGAUGCUGGUGCAGUUAUCUUUGCGAACGGUCCAGAUGGUUAUGAGGAAGUGAGUAUGGGAGUUGAGUGGAGCGGGGACACUCUUGGCAGUUUGAAACGCAGUGGCUCCUUUACCAAACUACGUGACUCCAUCCGGAGAAGCAGUGAGAAACUUGUCCGAAAACUAAAAGGUGUCACGGCACAAGACGCACGGCCAAAAAUGCUCGGGAUGAAGCGAGCAAACUCUCUGAAUGUUCUGAAUGUGGGCAGCAGGAUUUCUGGAGACACUUUUCAGCGCCCCUCCAGUAGCCUGACCGAAUCCCGGACUCUGAGCAACAGCCACAGCAACCUGACUCGCCGCGGUUCUCUGACGGAAUCCAGCUGAAGGACGUGGCACCUCGAUGCAUCACAGUUAUUGGGGAGCCUACACUCAUCAAUCAGCACACACACACACACUCUCACACUCACACUCCCAGUCCCUGCAGGGUCUGAGAUUCCAGGUAUAAGGUGCAGCCAAUCCUGAUUCAUUCUUUAAGGAUAUCCCAGAAUGUUUGUGGUACAGCUCAUUCGCGUGUCUCCACGGUAUUUACAGCAGUCAAACUGACCACUUGUCUCUGGUUUACACCAAGUCAACAUCCUUUUCCUUCCUCUCUCACUGUAGACCAUCAUGUCCACUACUGUGAGUAUGAAAUAGCAGGCGAGAGUUUGGGUAGGAGUUCAAAUGACCAUCAUUGUUUAAGAUGUAUUUCCUCCCAUCGCCCACCUUCCCUUCUCUGUACAGUUAACCUGGACCUAGUCGGCAAUCAGUGUGAGCCUUUUAUUGGUAUUUUGCAGCACAAAGUCUAGUCAUUCAAUAUAUACACUGAGCAGUAUCCUCCGCCAGCCCUCCAUUCCAGCUGGACUCAACAUCAAUCCCACUACAUAUUUUGCUCCAAAUCCCUAGGGCUAAAUGAGAGGGAGAAAUAAGAUAGAGAGAAUGAUAGUGAGAGAACCAGAGGAAGUUCAAAUUAGAGGGACUGGUGAAGAGAGAGGGAGAGAGGGCAAGGUGAACAUGCCAGGGUUGUGCGUAAGGAAUUUAUGGUCUUUCUACUGAGUAGCUGUUAAUACAGAGUACUGUCCAUCGUCGAAACACUGACCUGUUCCCAGUUCCCUGGUGACCAUCCACAUUGCCUCUCUCUCGAGGACAAUCAGAUGUAGUUGGAGCUAUUUAUCGAGCUUCAGACAGUGCCUCACCUUGCUGUGCUCUCCUGGUCAGACACCACUGCUCGGUAACAUAAUGUCUAAGUGAUUGACCUGAGAACCCUUGCAAUCUCUGUCCAAUCCAGCAAAUUACAUUUCUACAGGUAUACACCCACUCUGCUCAUCUUACUUCACCCUGACCGUGUGUCUCUCUCUUCACUAGACCCUCUAAUGUGAACUCCCUCAGCUUCUCACCAUCACUCUUUCUGCCUAAUCAUUUCUCUCUCGAUUUCACCAUAUGCUUUAAUUUUCACCCCCUUUCAACCCUUUUCACUAUCUCAUCAUCCCUUCAUCUGCCUCCUUUCUCUCUGUCUCCCACCAAUUGUGCUUUCAUUCUCACACUCCCCACCUCUUCCCCAUUCAUCACUCUCACCCUCUCCCUCCUCCCCUUCCCCAGCCUCCCUACCCCAAACCUCCUCACCUCCCCACACCCCCACUUCUCUCUCUCUAUGACUAUGCCAAAUGAAGUGAACAGGUCUUCCCUUUACAGCAUUGACCCAUCAAAUAAUUUCCAUUCGCAGAUGCAGCAGCCACAUGACUUCCUGCUGUCACCAUAUUGUAUUGUUCUGUGACUGUGUAGAUGCUAGCACAGGAGAUUCUUUCUCCAUCCGGUCUGACUUUCUCUAGACACUUUUACUUCCCUGUUGCAUUUCCAUUUGGCAAUUCUGUUCAUUGCCAGCUACCCCCUUACCAUAUGCAUUCUAUCCUUGCCCCUUUCGCAUAACCCCUGUCUUUUAAAGACACUCCUUUCUCAGUGGGAUGGACAUAAUCGUGGCAAUACACACCACCUGGGUUUCUAGCUUAAUAGUCCUUGUCUGCCUUGGGUAUAUUUGUGAUCUCAAUUGGAAUGGUGAUAUCAUUUAAAUGUAACAAUUAGUCUUCUGUUUUCUUCUAUAGAGGUGAAGUGAUGGAGAAAAUGGAAGCAGAAACUGCUGGUAAUACUUAGCAGAUCAGGCAGCAUGUGUGGAGUGGGAAGCGGUGCUAACAGAACUGGGAAAAGUUGGUAUCAGAGCAGUUUUCAGAUUCCAUGGUGGAAAAACCAAAAGAGAAAGUUUGUGACAGGGUGGAGACCAGGAAUAUGGAGAACAUUGAAUCAGAAAUAGAACCAGGAUGAGACAUUUCACCCAUUUUGUCCGCUUCACCACUCAGUGUCAUUGUGGCCGUUUUUUACCUCAAUGCCCCUUUCUGCACCAACCCCAAAUCCCUUGGUUCCUUUAUCUAUUGAACCCCAUUUUGAAUACACAGAGCACUGGCACCACAACCCUCAAGUGACAUUCUGUAAAUAUUUCAGGUUUCUGACAUCCUCAGCAUUUUGCUCUCAGUGGCUUUGUUUAGUGUUUCUGGGGGCAGGGAGCUUCCCCACACGGGCAGGGCAUCACUGAAAGCAUUUUCCCCUGACUUCCAGGAUCUCUGAGGCCUAGCUGCAGUGACCAUGGGCUGAACAUUGUAGGUCAAGUGAGGGGUCCCUGUCAAUAGGGGUCUCUCAGUGCAUGUCAACUGAGGGGUGUCAUGAGGAAGACCUACCAUUAAAGGUGGGGCUAGGGUUACCUCUGACACAGUUCAGGUGAGGAGGUACCGCUGAACUUUUCACUAAGAAGGUUUAGUCCAUGGUUAAGUCAGUCAAGCUGAUGUACUGUCAGAGCAGGGCAGAAAGCUAAAUGCAGGACCUGCUGUUACCCGUGAGACUGCAGAUGCUGGAAUCUCAAGCACACAGCCUGCUGGAGGAAUUCAGCAGGUCCAGAGGCAUCUUUAGGGCAGGGAAUUGCCAUCAUUUUCUCCUGCAGAAGAUUGGGAUGUUACCCACAUCAGGCGCACGGAAUUGUGGCACUUUGAGGAGACGGCGAUGGCAAAAUGAAGCACGCAUCUCAGUUCAGAAAGGGAAGUUUGUACAAUAAAGUUUGCAGGGGUCUGCUGGAUUGGAGAGAAAAUUCCAUGUUCUCAAUGCAAAUUCAUGCCAAACAACAGUUUCUACACUUGUGAAAAACAACCACCCAGCAAGCUCUGCCAGUAGCAGGUUUCUGAUUAAAUGUUGUUGUGUUCUGAACAUUACCAAAUUCUACUGAAAACUGUGUGAUUUUACUGUUAUUUAUUGUUUGCAUUUUAAAUAAAACAGUAUAAUUGA